AUGCUCUGGUUCCGCUCUUCUCCCCCCAGCGACCGCGACGCGGACACGCGCCCCCUCUUGGCAGAUUACGAUGCCGUGACGACCCUCCAAUGCAAAGCUGCAGCGAAGCUGCACACGUACCAGAUGCUCCGCGCCGUAUCUAAGGGUUACUAUCCUAGCACUGAGCAGCUGGUAGUCCACUUGAGGACCCUCCUGUCCGCGGAUGUGCUGCGCCCGGCGAACGCGCAGUUGAGCGCUGACGGGCGUAGGCUCGUGCGACAUAUGCGGAGGUUGAUUGAAGAGUUCAUAGAGUUUCUCAGGGAUAAGAAUUCGGAGGACCAAAUUCAGGAGUUUUUGUGGUGCGUUACGAGGGCUCGGGUUGAGCUUGAUGUUGGUGAUAUAAUGCAGAUGGCUGGGAGGGCAAGGGGAGGUGCUAAUGUUGGUGUUGCUUAUGGCUCACUGCAUACCGUUUUCGACUUACUCCUGGCGAAUAGUGACUUCCGGAAGUUGCUGGCAGACUUAACGACCAUCACUCGACAGGUUUUCGCUGACACGGCUGCUACGUCCGUGCACGUUGUCCAGACGGUAGCAGAGACGGUAGAACCGAGCGACGCGGAGCUUGUUGCAAUUAGUUCCAAGGCACCAGCAUCCGAAAAUGAGGACUUUGGGGAAGUUCCUGCAAAAGAGGUUGGCGAAGUCAUUGCCGAAGGCGCUGUUGAGACCGCUACCCAAGCGGUCGCCAGUGCUGACCGGGAAUUGAACAAGGCCGGAAGAAAAGAUGCCCUGGUGGAAAGGAUGAAAAUGGUGGUUAUGAGACUUCGUCAGAAUAUGGAUUAUACGCAAUCCGUGUCGCUUCUGUCGGUACUUUUGAAGAGGUAUGCAAGGACUUACUCGAGGGCUUUGGAUGUUGCGACCACCGCAGUCGUGGAGGAUAUCGAACCGAAUCCAGCGCUGGACGGGGCUAUAAAAUCCUUCUGGUCCUUUGUCAAGUCUUUUGGAGACAGAUUCGAAAACGCCAUGGAGGACGUCGGAAACUCUGUUCAAGCACUGCUCACAGACCCAGACUUCAUCGUCUGCGCCGACGAAAAGAUUGCCGCCAUCCGCGAGAGGGUCCGGGGAAUCGGCACUAAAGGCACACUCCGAGGCGAUAUCGAUGACGCCUUCGGUCAGGCGCAGCGAGUCUUCACCUCAACCCUCAACGACAAGGACAUCUCCAACCUCCUCCGCACCUCGGCCACGAUCGCAAACACCCUAUUCCCCUCCGCAACCCACCCCACAAACCCGGAGCUAAUAACUGACUUCUUUAACGUCUUCCUCCCCCUUGCCAUCCAAUCAAUCCAAUACAUCCCGAUCCCCCGCCUAACCAUCUCAACCCCAUCUAUAGACCUCCUGCUAGAAAACCUAAUCUUAGAACCGGGAGAGACAAUAAACGACUCCUCCUUCCUCCCCUUCCGCAUGCGCAUAGAAACCCAAAACGCCCUGGAAAUUCGUAAGGGUCGUUGCAGAGCCUGUUCGUCAAUAACCUCCCUUGCGACGAUAAAGCUCGAUGGGAUAUCUCUCCGCGCGGAGGACGUAGGAUACUGGCUUCGUGCACACCACGGCUCGAUCAUACCGGGAUUCACAGACGCGGGCCUAGCCAGCUUCUCGAUCGACAAACGAGGGAUAGACCUCCACCUCGAUGUGGAGAUCGCCAAAGACCGCAUAUCAAGCAUCCUCUCGCUCCGUGGUGUGCACGUCCAAAUACACAACCUGAACUACACCCUCCGACAAUCACGGUUCUCAUUCCUGUCCUGGCUCUUCAAGCCUCUCUUGAGGCGCCUCGUGCGGAGAGCGCUUGAGCGCGCGAUUGCAGAGAAUGUUAAAGCUGCGCUCGAAUUUGCGGAUCGGGAGAUAUUGUUUGCGAGGGAGAGGUUGAGGGCUACGAGGAUUGCCCAGCCGAGGGAUCUGGCGACUUUUGUUAGGGCAGUUAUGGCUAGGUUGCGCCCGGAGCCGGAUCCCGAUGUUGAGGUUGGUAUUGGAGUGUUACCGGGGAGGGGUGAGAAGAAGGUUUUCCAGGGUAGGAGGACCCCAGGCAGUCUUGUCCAUCUCUGGGAGGAAGAGGGGGAGAGGGCGGGGGAGAUUGUGGAUGAAGGGGCGGUUGGGGGGUGGAGGAAUGAGGUUUUUGACCUGCAUGUUAGGAGUUUGGAGUGAUGAGUUUUAUGGAUGUGACAUAUGCUGGGUUGGGUCUCGUUUCAUGCCAUUGCGGGUGGUGUGAUAUCGUUCUGUUUUUUUAUCGUAGCCAGCAUUCGUGGUUUUAGCUCCAGUGUUUAAUAUUUUCCAUUUUCUCCGUGCGUGAUAUGAUACAAGAGUAAUAAAAGCGUAUCAUGGA